UUCAGAUGACAGCUGAAGAUAGACUGUUGAACCGGUUAGCCCUGUAUCCGUCCCGAGACGUUUAGCAAUGGAAGUAUUACUAUCCUACUACAUUCAGAGUCAAAGGGCAUAACGCCCGCUGUAUUGCUAGCCACACUGUGGGCUAAAUAUCUGCUUUUUUUGUUGUUUGAAAGGAUCGGGAUCAAGAAUAAGUGAGAUGGAGGAUUCUGUAGAGUCUGAAUGGACGCUAAAGUCAGAUGCAAGCUCAGAACCUUUUCCCUACUGUUGCUCAGCCUGUGAUUGCAGUGAGGAGCCUUUCCAUGCAAAUGGGUUCCAGAACAGAGCUAAAGCCAGGAGUAUGUCUAUGCCAUCAGCACCCAGCUCUGCUAAGUUCAGGAGGACACAGUCACUUCAUGGACCAAGCCCUGUCACCACAUUUGGGCCCAAAGCCUGCAUGCUGAAGAAUCCUAAAGCUGUCAUGCAUAUUCAAGAUCCAGCCAGUCAGAGGUUGACAUGGAGCAAGCCCCCCAAAAGUGUCCUUAUUGUAAAGAAAAUCAGGGACGCCAAUCUGCUACAACCUUUCAAAGAACUCUGCCUUUUUCUGACACAGCAAAAAAAUAUGAUUGUCUAUGUGGAGAGAAAAGUCAUUGAAGAUCCAGCCAUUGCUAAUGAAAGCUUUGUCUCCAUCAAGAACUUUUGCACUUUUAGAGAAGAUUAUGAUGAUAUUUCCAAUUGUGUCGACUUCAUCAUUUGUUUGGGAGGAGAUGGGACUUUGCUGUAUGCUUCUUCUAUCUUCCAGGAGAGUGUGCCUCCUGUCAUGGCCUUCCAUUUGGGUUCUCUGGGCUUUCUUACACCAUUUAACUUCGACACAUACCAAUCUCAGGUCACCCAGGUUAUAGAAGGAAAUGCCGCGAUAAUUCUACGCAGUCGUCUAGAAGUGAAGGUAGUGAAAGAAUAUAGAGAGAAGGGAUCUGUGGAGGAAAUGAGUUUAGUUACUAAUGGAGACAAAACUAUGCAGUAUCAAGUGCUGAAUGAAGUUGUUGUAGACAGAGGUCCGUCUUCCUACCUCUCUAAUAUGGACUUGUUUCUGGAUGGCCAUCUGAUCACCACUGUACAGGGAGAUGGUGUGAUAGUGUCCACUCCAACAGGAAGUACUGCAUAUGCAGUAGCAGCAGGUGCCUCUAUGAUCCAUCCAAAUGUUCCAGCCAUCAUGAUCACACCCAUCUGCCCACACUCACUGUCUUUCAGACCCAUCGUAGUGCCUGCUGGCGUUGAGCUCAAGAUUAUGCUGUCCUGUGAUGCCAGAAACACAGCCUGGGUGUCUCUCGAUGGCAGGAAACGGCAGGAAAUUGCCUAUGGGGACAGUAUUGCCAUCACGACGUCAUGUUUCCCUGUUCCUUCUAUCUGUUUCCGUGAUCCCGUGAACGACUGGUUCAAGAGCCUGGCCCAAUGUUUACACUGGAAUGUUCGCAAGAAGCAGAGUCAUCUGAGUUCUGAAGAGGAAGAGUUCUGACCACAUUCCAAGCUUUUACAGCACUGUUACUUAGACAUGUUCUUUUUUGUUUUUCAAAAGUUUUAGUACAUGCAGUAAUAUUUUCUCUGUUUGCCACAAUUAUCCAAGUGAAUCUCAUAAAAACAUCUUAUUUCAGCUAAAGAGGAAAAAAUACAAAAUUAUACUUUGCUUAAGAAAAAAAGGACAGUUAAUAUAUAUAUUUUUUUUCCCAAUAUACAUGGCCACAUAUUUUUGGAAAGUUUUGUGAAAAUUGCUUUUAAAUUUAUAUAUGUUCAUGGUCACACUUUAUUUUAAGGUACAGUUCUCGCUAUUAACAAAACAGUUAAUAAACUCCUAAUUUGCUGAUUAUUAAUAGUUUGUAAGGUAGUUGUUAAGUUCAGGUAUUGGCUAGGAUUAGGGAUGUAAAAUAUGGUCAUGCAGAAUAGGUGCUUUGUAAGUACUAACAAAUAGCCAAUAUGUUUAUAAUAGACAUGAUAAUAAGUAACUAGUUAAUAGUGAGAAUUGUUCCCUAUACUUAAGUGUUACCCUGUUUAUUUCAUUAUGAAGUACUUUCAGUUUUUGGCUGACAAUGUUAUUUAAAGUAUUAUAGCAAUAACUGCAUUUUAAUAUAUAACAUUGUGCCUUAUAGAGAAUUGCAUCAAAGUCAGUCAAUUGGGGGAAAUUCUUUAGAGUAUUAGGUAUUUAUGCCAUAUUUAGAAUGUAUUGUACACCUUGAUUAUUGAGAUAUUACAUAUCUGAGCUUGAAUAUUCAUUCCAUUUCUUUUCUAUUUUGGAGCCACUAGAAUUUCUCCAUUGAUGUAUUGUAGCCCUACAAACAACUGAAUUGCCAAUUAAUUACAAUCUGUGCAUUGAAUAUUUAACUAUACUGUAUGUUCCUUUUUUAGUUUUAUGUACAAAGCCAAGCAAGUAGUUUCUCAAAAACUACCACAGGAAAAGUAAACACUAAAGCCUAUCCUAGAUUAUAGAUUGAAUUGUAAGCUUUUUUAAUAAGUAUUUUAGACAACUUCAUAUUUAACAAUGACUUUUACUCAGUUUACACCAUAUCUAAUAUUUGCUUUUAUAUUGUUUUAUGACAUUUUGUCAGAAGCCAGUUUUUAUUUACUGUCAAAAUUUGUAUUAUUAUUAAAAAGAACAUUCAUAGCAAAAAUGUUUUUAAAAAAAAAUGUUUGUCCUCGUCUUUUACCGUUCCAGAGUUUGCUGCAAAAUGUAUAUUUGUCAAAACAUUUUGUAACUGACAAUAAUGUAUUUUUAUGAGACAUUAUCCAUUCAUACCAUGUAAAAGUUGACUUUCAUGUUUUUGUGUUUUUUACAAAUUUAGGUAAUAAAUUUUAGAUGAUUGACCAACU